UAUUUCAUAUGCAUAUAUACUGGAUACUUAAUACUCGGUCAAGCUGCAAGUAUCGACAAAUAAAUUCCAUCGUCACUUCUACUGAAACAUAACAACAACAACUAAAGACCCAUAACCAGCCUCCUCCAAAACUUAAUUUUUUUUUUCACAUCGAACAAAACUUGAUCCAUACCCCCAUAUUUCUCAUCUCUCGGCAACUUUAAUAUUUAUAUCGAAGAUAUCGAUCUACAAUAUUCCUAGAAAUCAUCCUCUGGAGAUCAGAUUCUACACAAUACCUUCAAAUUAAUUUUCCACCGAUAAUCAUACCGAAAUCAUGGCUUUCGCAUUCACCCUCCCUCUUCGCAUCGUACAGGCGGUCUUCUCCAUCAUCGUCCUCGGUUUGAUGGCCUAUGCUGCCGACGCAUGGUCCUACUGGUGGUCACCAGAUUCCGUCAACUUCCUCGUCUUUACAGCUGUUUGGACUAUCCUCGCUCUCAUCUACCUUAUUAUCGCACCCACCCAUUUCCCAACUGCAGCACAUAAAUAUGGAAUCCUAUUUGCCGAGGCUGUUACCAUGAUCUUUUGGUUUGCAGGCUUUAUUGCCUUGGCUGUUAUGCUUAAUAAUGUCAACUGUGGACAUUCCAACUGGAGCGUAUGUGAAGCUAGCAUUGCUGGAGAUGUUUUCGCCGCUUUCUUAUGGUACGUUGUUGUUCUUGCUACUACCAUCAUGGCCGCUUUACACGUUUCCCGCAGCAGUCGAUCCAGCGAUCGUCAUGAUCCUGCUAUGGAAGUUGCUGUCUAAAUACCAUCUUACGAUGUCGGGCAAUGUGGAUAUGCAUCGAGGCUUGAUACCUUCACUUCUAUGAAUGUCUUUUGAAUAUAAUUGGUUAUGGAUGAUAGUAUGGGGGCGUUUGGCAUGGGGUUGGGGUUUGGCUUUUGGUGAUGAAUAUGUGGAUACGUGAAUACGAUAAACGAGAUGUGAAGGGGGGAUGUUGGGUGGGGUGGUGAACGUUCGACUUUUUAUACCCAAAAUUGCUUGCUUUUUGUUUUGUUGAAUAACAAUAAUUAUCCUGAUAUCGUUUAAUGU